CUAAGCGUCAAGUUCAGUCAUCAACAGCAUCAAUUUCGGGAUCUAAUCCACAUCAUGAACGGGUAUAGAAUGGACUUAACAGUAUCACCGGCUUAAAGAUAAGUAUAUCUUGUGCUUCAUUUCCUCAAUCCAUUGCUCAUUCCUCAUUCCUCAUCCAUCUUAUAUCUAUGUCAAUCGAAGAAUUUCGAUCUCUUCAUCUUCAAACGAAACAUUGCCAGCAUUUCCACGAUCUCAAAUCUGCAGCAACAUGUCUCAGCGUAUUCUCCUCACAGGCGCAAAUGGUUUCUUAGGAACCCACAUCCUCGCUGAACUUCUCAAGGCUGGGUUCUCAGUCCGUAGCGUCGUCCGCUCACAAUCCAAAGCCGACCAACUGUCAAGGAUUUUCCCUACAUACGCUUCGAAAAUGGAUUUCGGUAUCGUACCAGAUAUGACCAUCCCGGGAGCAUUCAAUCAAGUCGUUCAAGCCAAUCCACCAUUCACGACAGUCCUUCAUCAAGCAUCCCCAUUUUUCUUCGCUUCCAUCUCCAAGAACGAAGAUUUUCUCCUGCCUGCGAUAGAAGGAACCACAAACCUGCUCAAAGCAGUCAAAGAGCACGCACCCGAGGUUAAAAGAGUCAUCUAUACAUCCUCCUGCGCCGCAGUCCUCAACUUCGAAGCGCCGAUCGGAACAAAUCCUCAAAAAGUAUACACAGAUUCCGAUUGGAACCCAGUAACCUACACACAAGCCAUAGAAGGCAAUAAAGCAAUCGCCUAUCGAGCAUCAAAAAAGUUCGCUGAACUAGCAGGAUGGAACUUCAUUCAAGAAGAGAAACCGAACUUUGAUUUCGUGUCCAUCAAUCCUCCUAUGAUUUAUGGGCCGAUGCAUUCUCCUGCUGCUACCGUUGCGGAGAUUAAUGAGAGUAAUGUGAGGAUUUACAACAACUUUAUCAAUUCGACAACGGAUGCGGAAUUGCCGCCAGGAGGUGUGCAUAUGUACGUCGAUGUGCGGGAUCUUGCCACUGCGCAUGUGAGGGCUGUGACAACAAAGGAGGCGGGUAGUGAGAGGAUCAUUGUUAGUUCGAAGGCAAUUUCCUCUCAAGAGAUCUCGGACUUGCUUAGGAGUAAUUUCCCAGAACUUGAUAAGAGGACUCCGGUAGGAAAGCCGGGAACAAUCUCGUUGCCUGAGGGAGCGUAUACAGUGUCGAACGAGAAGGCGAAAAGAAUGUUGGGUUUGACGUUCAGAAGUGAUGAAGAGUGUUUUGUGGAGUUGGGGAAGCAAUUGUUGGAGAUUGAGAAGGGAUCAAAGUGAUGGAUUUUGCAUGUGAUGUAGUUUCUAGAAUUCAAUGAAGAUGA